AUGUCUACGUCUGAACACACGUCACCUCCUCGGGUUCUACGUGUCCCCAGGUCUGAUGAGCCCGACAGUUAUGUGCUGCUCCACGUCGCGCGCACCAAUACGGCUGCACUCGACUUGAAUCUCACUGCAACGGAAGGAGAAUUUCCGUAUAAUGGGGUCGUGCGACAGGCUCGUGCGAAGACUCACCGUUCAAAGGGUUACCAGGGAACCGAUGAGGACUGGGUUCUUAUCCUACUGCGUGCCUUGGGUCAGCUAGAGAUCAAUACAGACAAUUCAGAUCUGCUAUCUGGUAUUGAAUUAUCAGCUAGCAUCAAGGGGCAGGCGCUAAAGCAGGAUGAUGAGCAAGCUAUCCAGCUAUUUGACUGGUCUGCUAUCGCCGUUGCCAGAGCUGAUAUGCUUGAGCAGCAGUUAUUAAAAUUGCAACGGCACUAUCACGAAGCCGACAGCACUAUCGAGCAGCUCAAUAAGCAAAUUGAAGACUUCAUAUCUGCAAAACGCCGCCAUGAGGAACAGCUUAUGACGAACUUUACGCAAGUUCUAAAUCAGAAAAAGCUCAAAAUUCGCAAUCAACAACGCUUGUUGGCUUCAGCGAAAAUUGAUGUGGACGAUGCUGGUAAACAUCAGGCCGCCUCAUCAAAAGUCGGGGCCCGUGUCGGGAGCAAGAAGCAUGCGAAACGUCCUAUUGUGGAAACGAGCGAUGACGAUGCUGAAAGCGAUAAUGGCUCGGAGAGCUUGGAUCAGACCAAGCCUCAAACCAGCCCAGGAAGGAUCUCAGAUACGGACGAUGAACCGAAUUCUACUCCCCAGCCAUUGGAGGAUGUAGAUGAUACUACUGAUGAAGAUUCACCCACAGCGUCCGGCAUCGACCAGGGGCAUCAACAAGACAAUGCCGAAGAAACCGCAGGCGAGACAGACGAUGAUGAGCUAUGA